CAUCACAAUGGCACCACGCCCCUCCAUCACCGGCUUCGACCCCAAGAAGUUCGCUGCCGCAUCUGCGAACGCCAGAGGCGACCCCUGGGCACGAUAUGAAGCCUGGCGAUACACCGGCCCCUUCACACGAUGGAACCGCUUCAAGGGCGCCUUCCCCGGCCUCGGCAUCGCCACCGUCGCAUUCGCCGGAUACUGCGUGGCGGAAGCUCUGUUCUUCAAGGAUGAGCAUGGACACCAUGACAUGACUACGUGAGAAGGAGAUGGCCAGAUGAACGUUUGGGCGUACCGGUUGAUUCGGCUUUUCGUCACUGUGAAGGGACUGUAUAUAUGGAAUACCACACAGUGCUAUCAAAAGACGUCGUGCUCGAUUGCGAUUGCGCUGAGUAUGUAGCCAUUUCCACGGACCUGGUGCCUGGCUACGCUUUUGGGACUCUCUCACAAAGAAGUAUCAGACUCGUUCAGAGGAUCGUGGAGCAAAGUGAAGCAAGUUGGCACUCGCCGAGUGCUGGCUCUACAGUAUCUUUGGAUGGGCGGGCGAAGCAUCUACGAGCUCGCCGUACUCAGCGAGGAGGGCGCCACUUUCCGAGGAGCUCCAGCAGGCUAAACAGACAAAAUGGAGACCUCACGAGCUGCACCAUAGUACAAAGUACCGUUAGGCAGACGAUUGACCAACACUGCA